AUGAGACCUUCAGAUCUCCGUGCGACAGGCGGUGAAAGUGGUGCAUGGGUCAGCGAAAAGGGCACCUCACCUGGACCUGAGGGUCCAUCUGAAGAGCCUGUGGUGGCCUAUGCAGGGCUGCUUCUGAAUCAUUCGAGGGCAUACAAAGAUUUCUGGCAUGGUCGUUGGUAG